AUGGAAGAGACAUUCUUAAACAAUCGAAUAAAUGUAAUACCACAACCAUUAACGAUUCAAGAAUCACCAGGGAUAUUUAUAUUAUCUAACGAUACUAUUAUUGUUGCUACUGCUGGUUGUGAAAAUGAAUUGACAUUAUUUCAAAAUAGUUUAAAAGAAGAUUUUGAUUUUGAAUUUUCUGACAAAACUGAUUCUAUGUCAGUUAUUAAACUGAUUUUAAAUGAUAAUCGAGUCAAGGAUGAAAGCUAUCAUUUGCAUGUUGAUGUUCAUAAAAUUGAAAUUAUUGGUUGGUCAACAACUGGUAUUAUCUAUGGUUUACAAACAUUAAGACAAUUAAUUAAUAAUAAAGAGAAACUAACAAUUCCAUGUGUUCAUAUUGAAGAUCGACCACGUUUUCAAUGGCGAUCAUUUAUGUUAGAUGUAGCAAGACAUUUUAAAAAUACUUCAACUAUCAAACAACUUCUCAAUGAAAUGUCUCAAUUAAAAAUGAAUCGAUUUCAUUGGCAUUUAACAGAUGAUCAAGGAUGGCGAAUAGAGAUAAAAAAAUAUCCAAAAUUAACUGAAAUUGGUUCAAUACGUUCAUGUACACAAAGUGGUGCAUGGAGAAGUAAGAAAUAUGAUUAUACAAUACAUGAAGGUUAUUAUACACAAGAAGAAAUUAAAGAAAUAAUUCAAUAUGCAAAUGAAAGACAUAUACAAAUUGUACCAGAAAUAGAAAUGCCUGGGCAUGCGAGUGCUGCUAUUGCAUUAUAUCCAAGUCUUGGAUGUAAUCCACAACAACAAAUUAAUGUACCAGUUAAUCCGCAAACAAUAGAAUUUCUUGAAAAUGUAUUAGAAGAAGUUAUUGAUUUAUUUUCAACAUCAGAUGUUAUUCAUAUUGGUGGUGAUGAAGUCAAAUAUGAUCAAUGGAAAUCAUCAACAGAAAUCACAACAUUUAUUAACGAACAUAAUUUACAAUCACCAGCCGAUUUACAAAUAUGGUUUACUAAUAAAAUAUCAAAUUUUAUAAAUGGAAAACAUCGUCGUAUGAUGGGUUGGAAUGAAAUAAUGGGUGGUAGUAAAUUACAUCAUUAUACAACUGAAUUAGAUAUUUUAACAAAAGAAAAAUUAGCUCAAAAUACAGUUGUUCACUUUUGGAAAGGUAGUCUCGAUUUGUUGAAUAAAGCAAUUUCCCAUGGUUAUGAUGUUGUUAAUUCUAACAAUAAAUAUACUUACUUGGAUUAUAAUUACAAUCGAAUUUCAUUAGAAAAAGCUUAUAAUUUUGAUCCAAUUCCUGACGAGUUACUAGAAGAAUAUCAUUCAAAAAUAUUAGGUUUAGGUUGUCAAAUGUGGGGUGAAUGA